GUGCUUCUUUACAGCAACAAUUCAAAGCAAUGUGUUGCUAUGACUAAUCGUAAUGCAUUUGAAAGGCUAUUCAUGCACUUCCCAGCUUUAAUCUUUCGAUUGCCUCACCUCCUUUUGUGAAUUUCAACCGUUUUUUAAUGGUUUUUUAUCGUCAAAUGUGAUUGCGCCCUGUUUACUCAGUGAGUUGUCUUCUCACUUUUUUCUCUUUCUAUUUUUCCUUACAGAUUCUCGAGGAUCCCCCUAAAUUCACUCUUCUCUACCCAUCCCUGUACAACAACACACCUACCUAUAGGCUGUAUGAGAACGCAUAUCCAAGUAGUCGCUAAAUAAUGAGUGGACGACGAAAGCCUAUGAAAAAGCUAAGGAAUUCAUUGGCGAAGGGUGCUCAGGAACCAAACAGAGUUGCUGGUCUCAGUGUUUUAUCACGGUUAAAAGCUUUGAAAGAUAUGGACUUACAAAUUCUUAAAUCACCUACUACUCAUCCAGGUACUCCGUUGGCGAGGUUAAAUUGCUACCAAAGGAUAUCUUGCAAUACUCUGAUGGUAGAUGGAUUUCAAGCGAACAAACUGAAGCGUCCAACACAUCGUCACCUAUGCUUAACAUCAAAUCAUUAUAACCAAGUGCUUCCACCAUGGAAUAAUUUAACCAACUCAUUAACUAUACAAAAUAAUAGUAAUGAACAAGAAGAUGAGAGUUUAGAAGAACUACUGAAACAACAACAGCAACAAAAGCGAACAACGUACAUACCUUCGUUGCAAUCACCACCUCCAGCAUUGUCACUGUCGUCAGCUUCAUCCUCCUCCACAUUAUACGGAUUCAAGGAUACAAAGAAAACACAAAGAAAAUGUCGUACAGCUUCAGUAACAAAUCUCAAUACCAAGAGUCUAUCUGCAAGGUGUACGGCUAUAAACAAUGCUGAUGUAACUCAUCAAAAGUCAUGCUAUGCUGACAACAAUUUCAGUAAUCAUGAAACUGUAUUAUCAAGUGAAAUUUUCACUCUUUUAAACAAAAAUAGUCGAAGUGAAGAGCGGAAGCUUGUGAGUUAUGAACGUAUGUUCUUGACAAAUUGUCCAGUAAUUAAUUCAAAUGAAAUAUGCUGCCUUCUAAGUCUUCAAUGUAAUCGUAUCCAUCGAAUUGAAAAUUUACAACAUAUGACAAAAUUAGUUUAUUUAAAUAUUUCAGAAAAUCAAUUAACGUCAAUCAGUGGUCUAGAAACACUGUACUCAUUACGUAUAUUACUAUUAGGACAGAAUCAAAUAAAACGUAUAUGUUCAUUAGAUAAUUUAUAUAAUUUAAAUGUACUCGAUUUAAAUCAUAAUCAGAUAAGAACUAUUGAAAAGUUAUCACAUUUAACAAAAUUACGUUCAUUAGAUUUAUCUUUUAAUUAUAUUACCUCUGUAAAUGGCUUGUCUGGAUUAACAUCACUGAUUGAAUUAAAUUUGCGACAGAAUAAUAUUCUACGUAUUGAACCUAUAGAAAAUGUUCCAAAGUUGACUUGGAUAUUUCUAAGUUUUAAUCAUAUUGAAAAAUGGUCCCAGGUCAGUGGUUUAGCCGGUUUGAAUUCAUUUGCUCAAGUCACUCUGGAUGGGAAUCCAAUUGCAUCUGAUCCUGUUUAUCAUAUGAUGAUAUCAAACAAUAGAAAUAAUUUAAAUGAUAAUCACAAUUUCCAUCAUUCAGGACUUAUUACCUGUGAAAAUUAUCCUAAAUCCAUAGUGCCAAUAUCAUCUUCAUCUGAAAACGAAGAAUACUCAUCAUCUGGACCGCAAUUAACUGCAAAAACAGUUGUCUAUAGUUUAUCAAAUCAUUUAAAAGAAAAUGACCAUCGUAAAAACGAUGAAAGUAAUCUUGAAAACAAUGCAAGAACGACGUUUACCAAAAAUCUUGAAGAAUUAACAACAAAACUAUCCAAUCACAACGGUUCAUUACCGUAUUUAGAAAAUUAUCAAAAUGGAAGUAACCGGGUGUAUCUUACUGAAGAAACUCUAAACGAAAAUAAAUCAGAUAUAUCACAAUUCUCAACACCUCAACCUACAUCUUCAACAUCAACAAUAUACAAAGAAAGUGAAGAUGAAGGAGGCAUGAUGGAAAACUCAGACAACACUCCUGAUGAUAAUAGUGAAAACAAUGGAAUGAUUUGUAGUAAAUCAAUUGGAACACUAACUAAUGAAAGUUUCUUAUUCCUUUCAAAUCAGUUAACAAAUAAUUCAUUACUGAAAUUUACUUAUCAUUUUGAUGAAUUGAGUCAUCUAAUCAUCGAAGGUUGCCUUUCAAAAAAGGUGGCCAGAAAGUCGACAGUAGCAGCAACAUUGUCAUGGAAUACCAAUACUUAUAAAAAUCAUGCUGACAAUGUGAAUGGUGUAGAUAGCAAUAAUUUUGAAGUUAAUCACAACAUCAGUAAAAAUAAAACAUCUAACCAAGAAAAUGUUUACGAUGACUUUUUUCAACUGAUUAGUGAUUUGCAAAAUUUAGAACUAAAUAAUAAUUUUAUGAGUAGUAUAUCAGGAGAUAAUAUGAAUCAUCCAAUGAAACUUUCAAGUUUCAAUCAAAUACAUAAGUUAACUAUCCGACAUGUGAACUGGAAUAUAUUUGCAAAGUGUAUACCGACCAUUCAUAAAUUAUUACCGGAUUUAAAGGAAUUGAAUUUGGAGAGUAAUGGACUAAAGUAUUUACAUCAAAUUCUUGAUCUUAUGGAAUUUGGGCAAUUAAAUGCACUGCGUAUUCAUGGUUCUGAUGGUAAUCCGAUUGUUGAACAAGCAGGUCGCCUAUGGCGUCCAUUUAUUAUCUGGAGCCUUGGUGAUAUAUUAAAGUUAUCCUUUUUAGAUGGGGAACUUAUUGAAUGGAAUGAAACAAAUGAAUCAGAAAAGCUAUUCAGUUCAUUUUAUGAUAGACUACAAAUGCGAAAUCCACAUUAUAUGACAAAAAAUCAAAUUAUUCAUCGAAAAUUAAAAAAUAAGCUAAAAAGUGAAAACAAUACAAUAAAUAUGGAUAAUAUUUCAUUGAAUGAUACAUACAUACCAAGAGAAUCAAUUAUGUUGAAUACAACAACUUCAGUUCUGAACACAACAGGGAUAAAUGAGAAUCAUAACACAUGCACAUUGAACAAUAUCAACGUUGCUAUAACAACAGCAAUGACUAAUAAAUCAAACGCUAACAAUCUUAAUUCGUUAACACAGCAGAAUUUAGCGUCUUCAAAUAAAUGGAUAGACUAUGACCAUAUGAAGAAUGAAGACUCCCUAGCAGAUUCACUAAAUAAUCUAUCAUUACAAUUCAAAACAAAUGAAAAUUCAAUGAAUGAAGCUGAAGAAAAUAAAAAUAAUAUAAUCCACGAUUUAUCUGAAGUAUUAAAACAACCAGAAAAUAUUGACAAUAGCAUGCAACAACUUGAUGAGAAGUUAUCUCGACAAAAUUAUCUCAUGAAAAUUUGGCCAUCCAUCUUAAGACGAUUAGUUCAUCGAGCAAUGGCGGAUAAUGAUAAUGAAGAUUAAACUACUAAUAAGUUGAAUUAGUAGUGAAGGAUUGUAUAAUUUAUCAGUAAUCUAUGUAUUAUAGACCGAUUGAUAUGUAGAUAUGUACGUGACAUAUAUUUAUUAUAGGAAUAUCUUUUUCAUUACAUUUUUGUACACAAAAUAAUAUUCAUGAAAAAUAAAAUGGAAUGAAAUGAACUCAGGACUUUGUUAAAGUUAAUUUUGUAAUUCUUGUCUUAUAAUUUUGGUUCAAUGUUUAAGAGGUUAUUUUAUUCUUUG